AUGAAUAAAGAUCAAUAUUAUGAAGUUAUGGCAUUAUGCAAAGAUUAUUACGAAAUAUUCAAUACAUUAUACAGACUAAAUACAACUAACCAAUCCGAACUUACCAAAAUUUAUCAAGAUAUCAAUAGCAUAUUAAUUAAAACUAAAUUAUUAGAGCCCUCUGAGCGUCUUGAUAUAAUAUCAACUGCAUCUGAAUACAAUUGUCGUUAUUUUAAAUCGUAUUGGACUUUAUACAAAAUGAUUUAUGAAAAUGAUCCAGAAAAAGUGUUAUCUAACUCAUUUCUUUUCAAUUACUUUGCUAAUAAAGAGUAUGAACUCGGAAUAGAUGAAGAACUUAACGAAUAUGAUUCCAAAGACUAUAUUUUAGAUGUUCAUGAAGAAAACACAAUUUUCAGAGCUAUAAUGGAUGAUGACGCAAAAUCAUUUGAAACAUUUAUUAAUAGUGAUGGAUUUAAUAUAAAUCAAAAACUAAAAAGCAAAUUUUAUCCUUAUAAUAUACAAAAUGAUAAUCAAUACUCAUUACUCGAGUUAUGUUGUUUUCAUGGUUCUGUAAAUUGUUUUAAGAUAUUAAGAUCAAAAUUUCAAUCAGAAAUCACGUACAGCUGUCUUCAAUUUUCAUUUCUUGGGAGAAAUAAUGAAAUCAUAAGUGAAUGCUUGAAAUGUCAAACACCAGAUAAAUAUUGUAUGGAAUAUGCAAUUAUUUCCCACAAUAUUGAAUAUAUAAAAUUUCUAAUGAACGAAUAUAAAAUAGAAAUUGAUGAAAGAGAAUGCAGAUAUAACAAUAAUCUUCAAGCACUCUUACUAUGCAUAGAGCAAAUUGAUGAUAUCAAUAUUUCUUUUAUUUAUUCAUUAGAGAUUGAUUUUCCUCCUCUUUGGGAAUAUUUUUUAAAUCAUGAUGCAGACAUUAAUGCACGUGAUAAUAAUGGAAGUCCAGCACUAUUUCGACAAGUUAUGUAUAACAGAAAGAAAGCAGUAGAAUUUCUUCUUAUUCAUGGUGCUGAUGUUAACAUAAUUGAUAAAGAUUCUAGCCUAACAUCAAUUAAUGAAACAGCAUUUGGGAACAGAUUUGACAUCGCAAAAAUUCUCAUCUCUUUUGGUGCCGAUCUUAAUUCUAAAGAUUUAAACGGAAGAACGGCUCUCAUUACUUCUGCUUUAUAUAAUUCCUUUGAAAUAUCAGAACUAUAUGUAAAAUCUGGAAUAGAUAUAAAUGCUAAAGAUGAUUCCGGUAAUACAGCUCUUGAUUGGGCCAUUUACAAUUAUUCUGAAAAGUUAAUGAUUUUUUUGCUUGAUAAUGGAGCCGAUGCUAAUUCCAAAGAUUCUCGAGGCUGCACAGCUCUUCAUUAUUGCUCAUCUAAUGGAUAUAAUGAACAAAUAGAGAUUCUUCUUUCUUAUGGUGCAGAUAUCAAUUCAAAAAACAAUUAUGGAGAAAGCGUUCUUCAUAGCGCUGCAGAAUAUGAGCAUCCUAAAACAAUUGAACUUCUCAUUUCACAUGGAGCAGAAGUCACGGCAACUGAUUGCAAUGGGAAAACUGCACUUCACGUUGCAGCAGAACAUGGAUGUGUAGAAAAUGCAGAAAUCCUAAUUCUACAUGGCAUAGAUAUUAAUGCUAAAGACUAUAAUGUAAAGACGUCUCUACAUAAAGCAACAGAAAAGGACAGAGUUCAAAUGAUACGAUUCCUCAUUUCUCAUGGUACUGAUAUUAAUUCAAAAGAUAAUAAUGGUGAUACUGCUCUUCAUUAUGCAGCAGCAAAAUAG